AUGUAUUUGUAUAUAAUAAUUGCAUACUGUGUAAAAUUAGGAUUUUGUUACAUUAUAAAAAAUAAAAUAGUGCCUGUGAAUAGUGAUAUUUUCCGUGAAAAGAUACGAAAGCAGGAUUUGAUGCUGAGCAAUGAAACGGACAUUAUCCAGGAGCCAAGGAGAAUCGAAUACACAGAAGAAGAUAUACGCAAAGAAGAGGAAGAGAUUAAAAAUUUCUUUGAGCUUAACUCGUUCGGAAUAAAAAGAGAUAAAGUGCCCAGAGCACACCCACUGUAUAAAUUCUUUAAGUACGAAAGGAAGCACGUAAUAAAACUAGAGAGAUUUAAUAAAAACAGAAACGUGGAGUUGAGAAAGCAGGAGUGGAGAGACUUUUUCCAUUCAGUAAAGAAUGGAACAGAUGAAAAAAUAUUUAACGAGGAGCAACAGGAGACAUGGAAAAAGGUGUUAACAAAAUGUGCAGAAGUAUCCGCGCCACUGUCGGAAGAGCUAGCGGAAAUAGAGUCUAACGGAGAGUUGGAGUUGGAAGAGAAGUAUAAGCUAUCAGGAGAAAUAAAAGAACAGAUGUUAGAACUGCAAAACGAAGUGUUCGACAUGUUUGAAAAGGAGUUGAACGAGACAGGAGCACUGAAAGCUGCACAAGAAUACCUGGAAAAAAUACCACAAUACGUAUGGGACCUGAGCCAGAGAGACCCAAGACACGCAGUUUUUAAGCUGCCAAAAAACGUUGAAAUACCAUACAAAGAAAAGUGGGAGAACACAGACUUUGGAAAAAGUCUUAGGGAAGGAGAAGAAAUAGUUAAGCUGCACAAAUUGCCAAAAUCAGGAGACAAGAAAAAAAAGAGACUAGGAAGAGGGCACGGAUCAGGAAAAGGAGGAAGCUCAGGAAGAGGAUGUAAAGGACAAAAACACAGAUCAGGAAAAUAUAUUAACCCAAUGUUUGAAGGUGGGCAGACGCCGCUGUACAGAAGGCUCCCAAAGUUCGUAGGAAGACCACUGGGACCAGGAGUGAGGUACCAGAGGUACAACUAUGAGCUGAUACCGCUGAAAGAAUUGAACAAAGCACCGGAUGGGGCAACAGUGGAUUGGGCGACACUGGAAAGAAUGGGGGCGAAGUUGGGAAGAUACCAACUCAACCAUCCAAUAAAAGUGGUGGGAAGUAAAAGAGCACACGGAGAAAAACAAACGGAGUUGACAGCAAAAAACCUGAUAGUAAAGGCACACGCGUUCACGAAGUCGGCGGCAAAGGCGAUCAUGGAUGCAGGAGGAAAGUGCCUGCUGCUGAGGCCGAAAACACAAGACAUAGUGGAGGAGGAGUACAACCCACUGAUCCCGAGAGCGAAAAGAUACAUCUUCGCUGGAAAAAUAUCCAGACACGAAAGAAGAAGAAGAGAACUGAUAAAAGCAGUAAAGGAGGAGUCCACAGUAAAAUGA